AUGUCUGCUACAUUCUCAGUAUCCUCGUUUCUGCAGCUCGCUGUCAUUGCUCUGCUGGCAGUGCCACACGGCGUUCUGGCAGACACCAGCCUUGGCUGCGUGAGCGUGAGCUCCAAGUUUGCAGAGACCUUCACUUUAACCGCCAACGGCCCGACGGCCUGCCAGGAGAAGUGCACCGCAGCCGUCAGAUUCUGCGUGUGUGCCUCUUCUGAGCCGACGAUCGAGAAGACGUACGACUCCUCAGCCUGUUCAUUCACUUGCCCGUCACCGUAUGAGGCCUACACAUGUGGUGGUGAGGACUCGAGCACGUUUGAUUUCAUUUACAACCUUUACUACAGCGGGUCCAGCUCGUCGACUACGAGCUCCACCACAGCUGCAGCACAGACGACGUCUGGAACGUCUACUACGCCAUCCUCAACGGCCACUAGCACUGUCACUUCAGCCACGCCGACAACCAGCAGCCACAGCACGACUGUCACCACUGCCGACGCUGUUAGCACCCCCAGCACAAUUGCCGGCACUACAUCAAGCAUUCCCAGUAGCUCCACCGGUACAAUUACCAGCAUCAGCAGCACUAGCAGCGAGACGUCGAUCACCGGACAGAUCUUCCAAACCACAGAAACCACAGCAGGUGGCUCCAGCACAUCCACUGUGCCACGGACAGUCUUCGUCUCGACGGUGGACUGCAGCUGCACAGAUGACGAUGUGGCUACGUCCACGACCUCUACCCUAACGGUCGAGGAGACCCACCACAGCCUCGGCUACGGCCACUGCCACAUUUUCAUCCAAUGGCGCAACCACUACCACCAACUCCACAAGCACUACUUCCGUCGCAUCUUCCUCAGCAACUGCCUCAAGCACAGUUUCCACUGCCUCUAUCCUGGCAGCUUCCGUGAACACCACUUCUACCGUGUCAAGCCUGACUACUGCCUCAAGCACCUUUUCCACUGCUACUCUAGCUACUUCCAUAAACACCACUUCCGUCGCCUCUACCAGCAGCUCUUCCAGCACCUUCCUCUAUCCCAAUACCACGUCUACCACCUUGGGCACCAAGAGUUCGUCUACCACUUCUGUAGCAGAGAGCAGUUCUAUGGCAGACCCCAGCUCAGUGAAAACUACUAG